AUGGAGCCCUACAAGAACAAGUUCUUGGCAACUUCAACGUCUCAAGCUGAAGGAGUUUGUCCUGAGAGUUUAAUAGACAGAUUUAGUAAUCUUCCAGAAGGAGUUGCUCACCACGUUCUCUCCUUCCUCGCUCAAAUAGACCUCGCUCGAGUGAGCUGUGUAUCCAAAAGUUGCAGAAAGUUUUAUCUCUCAUUUCCCUCGUUGAACUUUGAUGCAAUGCCCUACGCAAACGACAUGUGGGAGAGGUUGAAGUUGUUGAAUUAUUUGGACAGGUUCCUGAUCCAACGAGGGGACAAUAAGAUCCAACACUUCCGUAUUUUUUGGAUCUUUUUAGGUCCAGCUUCAAGCUUCUCUAACGAGUAUUUUCGAGUCAUCUCUUGGAUCCAUGUUGCUGCAAGGUGCAAUGUCGAAGUGCUUGAUCUGGAACUCUACAUGUGUGAGGCGACAACGACGUUAGUAUUGCCAUCUUGCCUCUUUCUCUGUCGAUCUUUGCGGUUACUAACAGUGGAUUUGAAGUUUAAGCUUUUUCAAACCCCAUCCUUAACUAGUUCCACCACCCUCCAAUGCUUGAAGUUGAAAAAUGUCACCAUAGACGAGGGGUUGGGCCAAUGGAUCUCGUGUUCCUGCAAAUGCAUCAAGGAACUGUGGCUUGAGCUUGUUCACGGGGCAAAACAGAUCACCAUCAGCAGCUCAUCUCUGAAAACCCUGCAUUUCGUUUCGUGCUAUGCUUAUUAUAGUUUUCAAAACCCCAAUGGCAACUUUCAUCUUAACAUCUCAGGUGAAAAGCUUGAAGACAUCUACAUUGACUGGAAAGUUAUCCCAACCGGUCACUCGAUAAGCAUUUUCGCUCCGAAUCUUAAACACUUGAAAUGGAUUGGAACUUUGGCGAGCCGCCAAUAUCUGGAGAAAUUGAUGUGUCUAGAAAAAGCUGAGAUUUUUCUCCACCCUAGGAGUGAGGAUUUCAGCAAACUAUUCAGUGUGCUUUCCAGUAUCCACAGUGUUAAACUUCUUGUUCUAAAUGAAGAGACCACAAAGGCUCUAACCAAGGAACGACGAUCUCUGCCAAGAAUAUUUGAUAAUCUUGGUCACAUCUGUAUACAGAGUACAUGUUUGAAUGAUGGCCUAGUUCCAGCAUUGGCCUCUCUUCUUAGAGGGAUGCGUCAUCUGAGUACUUUUCACAUGAAGUAUGAGCCAAUUAUACCCCUCUUGUUCACCAAACAUGUUGAAGUUAUUACUGCAAGCAGAUUUGAUCGUGAAUACUGGAAAUCCCAAAACUUGGCUAUCAUUGAUCAGCUUGAGGAGGUAACUGUUGAGCUUUCCAGUGGGAGUAAUGAGUUGGAGUUUGCAAGAAAAGACCCAGAAGGCCAAAGCCCUCUUAUUCCCCUUGAGCAUUAUCUCAAGUGGUUUAAAUCUCCUCGCAAUCAAGAAGGGAAAGACAGAAAUGAAGACAAGGAGAGACGAAAAUGGGGACUUGCCGGCCACAAUCUCCGUUUCACAGCUACCAGAUCGCUUUCACCAUCUGAAGCUCUUUCAGUACUGCUCGUGUCUUCGUCUCCAAGAUUGGAACAGAGGCUUUCGUCUUCAAUAAACUUUAGGACAACAAGUAUCAUGGAACCUAAGCGCAAGUUAUUGGCAACUACAAGUUCUCAGGCUCAAGGAGCUUGUCCUGACCAUAUGAAAGAUAGAUUUAGUGAUCUGCCCAACGAAGUUGCUCAUCAAAUUCUUUCAUCAGUUUCUAUAUUGGAUCUCACUCGUUUCGGCACUUUAUCCAAAAAGUGCAGAGAACUUUAUCUGUCAACGCCCUCAUUGAAUUUUGAUGAAUUUAACAACUGGAAUAAAUCCUCUUAUUCUAAGCAAUUCAAGUUGUUGAGUUCUUUGGAUAGGUUCUUGGUUCGUCGUAGGGAGAAUAAGAUACACUGCUUUCGUAUUUGUUGGGAUCUCAGUUACGGAAAAGCUGCAAGUCUCUAUAACGAGCUUUACCGAGUAGUCACGUGGAUCCAUAUGGCAGUAAGGUGUAAUGUUGAAGUGCUUGAUCUUGAGUUGAGGAUACCUGAUACGACGAAGCUAGAGUUGCCAUCUUGCAUCUUUCUUUGUGGAUCUUUGAGGUCUCUAUCAGUGCACUGCAAUAAAAUUCUUACAGCGCCCUCCUUGGUUAGUUCCACUAAUCUCCAGUACUUAAAGUUGACAAAUGUUACAGUAGAUGAGGGGCUUUGCAAAUGGAUCUCGUGUUCUUGCAAAUGCAUUAAGGAAUUGCAUCUUGAACAUGUUGAAGUAGAAAAUAUCACCAUGGAAAGCUCGUCGUUGGAAUCUUUUAGUUUUGUGUUUCCCUCUUAUUGUGGCCUCUGUCAUCUUAAUAUCUCUUGUGAGAAACUUGAAGACGUACAUAUAGAGUGGAGAUUUGCUUCUACUAGCAGCAGAUCCUUCAAAGUUUUUGCUCCAAAUCUUAAAUAUUUGAAAUGGAUUGGGAAUUUGUUGAAUAACCAAAAUCUGGGGAAACUAACGUGUUUAGAGAAGGCUGAGAUUUUUCUGAAGCAUGGGGUAGAUAACAAUGACUUCAGCAAUGUACUUGAGGUUCUUUGCAGUGUAUGCAGGGCUAAAGUCCUUAUUCUAAGUGGAGAGAUGACCAAGGCUCUGUUGAGGGAAGGUCCUGUGUCUACACCGUUUGAUGAUAUUUCUUACCUGGGUAUGCAUAUUGAGAGCUUGGAUGAUGACAUAGUCCCGGCAAUGGUCUCUCUUCUGAGAGGAAUGCCCAAUUUGAAAACUUUGUACAUAGAGUCUGACACUUCCUUAUUCAUCCAUAAACCUGAAGCGUGUGGAUUUAAUAAGGAAUUCUGGAAAUCUCAAAACUUGGCUUUUAUUGAUCAGCUUAAGGAAGCAACAAUAGAGCUUUCUAAUGGGAACAAUGAACUGGAGCUAGCAAGAUAUAUGCUUGAGGAUGCUAAGAACUUGAAGGAAAUGGUCUUACUUUAUUCACCCCAGCAAUCAACUCAUAUUCGAGUGGUAAAUGAAAGUAAGAUGAAUUCUGUUGCCACUACCCGAGUUGUCUUUCAGGAAAAACAAAGGAAAUGA